UUUCACUUCUAACUUUUUGUUAGUUUAACACGAUGAGUGUAUACGGUGAAAUCGUGCAAAUAUGUGGAUGUAGUGUAAACCAAAUUGGAACUUCUAUAAAUAUGACUUUUAAACGAAAGCAUAAUUAAUUAUCGUUACAGAGUUUUUACGAAUAAUUGAUAAAGAUAAUUGUGUCAACAUGACCAAGUUUAUGAAUGAAUAUUUUCACAACGAUAAUCUGAAGAAACAAGCCAUGAACAAGUGGGAUCUAGCGAAACUCCUCAACACCUCUCACAAUUUCAGUGAGAAUUCCAGCUAUUCUUUCAUCGUUUUGAAUACGCCUAUUUUGAAUCCUGAUUUAGUACUGCCACUAUGGAACCAUGCAUCAUUCAAAAUGGUAGUAGAUGGCGGAGGAAAUCAUUUAUACUCUUUAAUUCAACAACGAAAGGACGAAGAUGUAGAAAACUUCGCUAUUCCAAAUGUUAUUUCCGGAGAUUUCGAUUCGGUGAAACCAAACGUGUUGGAAUUUUAUAGAAAAAAUGAUACAAUUCUUGUUCACACACCUGACCAAACUAAAACUGACUUUUUCAAAGCUUUGGAAGUCUUGGUAUCUACCACAAAAAGCAACACAGUGAUCGUAUUUUGUGAUAAUGUUGGUAGAUUCGAUCACAUGAUGGCAAAUAUAAAUGUUUUAUUCAAAGCGCAGCAGGACAUCCGAAUGGAACACUUGAAAAUUCUGAUCUUGGGUAAUAAUGACAUAACGUGGUUAUUGGAGCCUGGGGAACAUAUGAUCUAUGUACCAAAAGAAUUAUGGAGUGAGAAAGCUUACUGCAGUCUUAUUCCAAUUGGACGUCCUUGUCACCAUGUAACCACAUCUGGCUUGAAAUGGAACUUGAAUGACGGAGUUUUGGAGUUUGGUGGUAUGGUCAGCACUAGUAAUACAUUUGAUACCACUUCAACCGAAAACAUGGUGUUUAUUAGUACAGAUGAAAGUCUAUUAUGGUCAAUGACACUGUGUUCUACAUGUUUACCAGGUUUAUAAUGUUGACAAAGAGGUCUUACUGCCUGUGAUAUUUGAUUAGCGUAAUUCUACAUUUAUAUCAAUGGAUUUCCCCUUUUAAAAAAAAGUAAUUUUGUGUGUGUUUUAGAUGUUUGCUUUUAAAAUAAUAAUAGUUGAAUAUGAAACAAAUUUGAUGUGCAAUAAAAACUGUGCCUAACCAGAUUAGAUUGUUCAAUUUCUGUAUGCAUUUAUAAAUACAUAUGUAUGUAUAGUUUCUCGAAUUGUUAAGCUGUGAAUUUGUUGAAAUUUUGUAGUAUUUUUGUUGUCUUCUGAACGUAUCAAAUAAAUAUCGUUGUUGAAAAUGA